AUGGAAGCCCUUCAGAAGAUGAUUGCGGAGAUGUCUCUGGAGCUCAAAUCGGGUAUGUCCUCGCUCCAAUCAGGACUAUCCUCGGUGGAGACCAAGCUGGAGAGUACUCGGGCGUCUGUGGACGUCACGGCGAGUUCGAUCCACUCGUUGAACACAUGGAAAGGCGCCAUCGACACUCAAGUCUCCGAUCUCGGCGCGGCGGUACAUGAUCUGCGCAAGCAAGUGGAGCGCGUCACGGUGGGUGCCGGUCUCAGCGCCCUUGGACCCCCGCCGACAAAUUCCGGAGCGCCACCAUCGUCCGCAACCUCGGCGAACAUGGGCUCGGGAAUAAAUCCAGGGCCUACUGGCCAUGGCUCGACAAACACUCACCGGCGGCAGAUGGGGAACCAGCUCAUGGUUCCCUUGUCUACCCCGGUCACAGGUACUAACAAGGACUCUCAUUCGCUCGAAAUGGUUCCAAUUACUGCUUAUCAGAAUCCUGCUGUUCAUCGCACUACUCCUCAACCACCACCGACUGAUUUUCCCCGUUUUGAUGGUGAAAAUCCUAGACUGUGGCAAAAAUCUGCCGAGAAGUACUUCCGCUUAUUUGCAGUAGAACCAGGUGAUAGAGUUGAGUAUGCAACGAUGCAUUUCACUGGGAAUGCAGCAUUAUGGCUUCAGAGUGUUGAGGAUAGAUUGCCGGCCUUUACUUGGGAAACACUGUCCUACAAACCUGAUUUAGACCCCACUUUCUUCACAACACGUUUCAUAGAGGGUCUGGUUACUCCAAUUAAAGCAGUUGUUAUGAUACACAUGCCCGACGACCUCGAUUCUGCUGUUUCUCUGGCUCUAUUGGAGGAAGAGAUAGAAGAGGACCUGCCCAAAAAUAAUGGCAGGCAUUCUAUGGCUCGAUUUUCUCCUCGACAGCAAGCACAAGUGUUCCAGCAUAACAAGCCCAUGCCAUCUACUGUUGAUGAUCGUGCAGCCAAUGUUAACAGCAAAGUUUCUGCUCUCAAAGCAUAUCUUAAGGGCAUAUCUCCUUCACUAUUGGCUAUGUUACGGACAUCUGAUUCAGAAGGUGAAUCUCUCACUGCUGAUGCAGAAAACUUUGAAGAUGCAGUGGCAGAUAAUCAAGAAGUGUUGAUGUCCAUCAGUAAACAGGCUCUAAAUGGCUCUGAGAAUAAUCAUUCCAUGAGGUUGAUGGGACAGAUCCAGGGGAGAGAUGUUCUGAUUCUAAUUGAUUCAGGUUCUUCCAACAACUUCAUCAGUGCAGAGUUAGCAGCGCAGUUGACUGUUAAGGUGUUACCACUCCAAUGUUAUGACGUUAUCCUGGGAAUGCAAUGGCUGGAGCAAAUGGGUUUGAUGACCACUCACUGGGUUGAUAAAUGGUUUCAGUUUGAGUACCAGGGCAAGACUUGUUGCUUACAAGGAAUCACUCCCAACACGAAGACGUGUGAGACUGUUUCUGUGGAAGAGCUCCACCGGUUGCAACAGAAAAAUUCAGUGCAUUACAUGGUCCAGCUAUAUUUUGCUGAAGAUACUGAAAAACAAGCAAUAGUGCCACGUUUGGUGGCGAUGGUACUCGAGACUUAUGAGUCUGUGUUCGAGGAACCUAAGGGACUACCUCCACACAGACGAUAUGACCACACUAUCCCUCUCAUGCCAGGUGCCAGUCCAGUUAACCUGAGGCCUUAUCGAUAUAGCCCAAUGCAAAAGAAUGAAAUAGAAAAACAAGUGAAGGAAAUGGUGGCGCAAGGUGUUAUUCAAGCUAGUUCUAGUCCUUUUGCAUCUCCUGUUCUAUUAGUGGGCAAAAAGGAUCUGACCUGGAGAUUGUGUGUUGACUAUCGGCACCUUAAUGCUAUGAUGAUUAAAAAUAAAUACCCAUUGCCUGUCAUUGAUGAACUAUUGGAUGAGCUAGCAGGGGCACAUUGGUUUACCAGCCUGGACCUAAGAUCAGGCUAUCACCAGAUUCGGAUGGCGGCGGGGGAGGAAUACAAUACUGCAUUCCAAACACACCAUGGUCACUUUGAAUACAAAGUUAUGCCGUAUGGGGUUACUGGAGGCCCAGCUACAUUUCAAGGAGUUAUGAAUGACAUUUUGGCACCAAUGUUGCGCAAAUAUGUCUUGGUUUUUGUAGAUGACAUACUCAUUUAUAGCCGCACAUUGGAAGAUCAUGUAGUGCACUUGGAAAAUGUUUUGGAGGUACUGCUCAAGCAUGACCUCAAGGUCAAGAAAACCAAAUGCACAUUUGUUAAGCAGGAGAUAUUCUAUUUGGACCAUCUCAUCUCAGCGUCCGGUGUAGCCACUGACCAGAAGAAGAUUGAGCCAAUCAUCAAAUGGCAGUAA